AUGAUCAAAAUAUUUGGACCAAAAGCUUCUAAGCGUGACGAAGAAGAAAAGAAAGAAGAAGGAGGAGCCAGACGCAGAACCGCUGGUGAAAUCCGACUUCAAAAAGAGCUGGGCGAGCUAGAUCUCCCAAGAAACGUAAGAAUUACUUUCCCUAAUGACAAUGACAUUAUGAAUUUCGUUAUUGACUUGACUGUUGACGACAAUACUUCACUUUGGUAUGGAGCUUCUUAUAAUUUUACCUUUACAGUCCCAAUCGCUUACCCUCAUGAGCCGCCACGUGUCCAUUGCAACACAAAGAUUUAUCACCCAAAUAUUGACCUUAGAGGGAAUGUUUGUCUGAAUAUUUUGAGGGGCGACUGAAAGCCAGUUCUUUGCAUUAGUGCUGUCAUUUUGGGGCUUAAUUUCUUGUUUUUAGAGCCAAAUCCGAAUGACCCAUUGAAUCAGCAAGCAGCAGAGUUGAUGAGAAAUAAUAUUGAGAGAUUUAAUGAUAAUGUAAGAAGAUCAUUAAGAGGAGGAGCAGUUGAUGGAGAGCAGUACCCAAGACUUCUAUAG